AUGCUCGAAGAUAAGAAGACCAAGGUGAAGAUCACCUUCCUGGUGAUCCUUGUGGGCAUUUCUUCAAUGCUUGCUGCUGUGGUGACAGAUCACUGGGCGGUUCUGAGCCCACGAGUGGAGAAGCUCAACACAACCUGUGAGGCGGCCCACUUUGGACUCUGGAGACUGUGCAAAAAGAGUAUCUUCAUCAUGGAGGCAGACCCUCAGGGCAAGGGCUGUGGCCCUAUCAGCCUGCCUGGAGUCAAGAACUGCUCCUACUUCAAACACUUCACUUCAGGAGAAGAGGCGGAAGUUUUUGAAGUAAAGACUCAAAAAGAAUACAACAUCUCAGCAGCAGCCAUUGCUAUCUUCAGCUUAGCCUUUAUGACGCUGGGAAGUCUCUGUCUAUUGGGAGCCUUUGGGAAGGGCAGGGAUUACCUGCUCAGGCCGGCUGGCAUGUUCUUCGCUUUUGCAGGCCUCUGUAUUGUCAUCUCAGUAGAGGUGAUGCGACAGUCUGUCAAGCGAAUGAUUGACAGCGAUGAGACUAUCUGGAUUGAAUAUUACUACUCCUGGUCUUUCGCCUGCGCCUGCACAGCCUUCCUCCUCCUUUUCCUCAGUGGCAUAAGCUUACUUAUCAUCUCGAUGCCACACAUGCCCCGAAACCCCUGGGAGACCUGUAUGGACGCUGAGCCUGAAGCCAUAGACUAA